AUGGUAUUUCUCAAUGGGAAUGUCAUUGUUGAGAGGAAAAAACAUUAUAGAGGAGUUAGGCAGAGACCGUGGGGGAGGGCAGCCGAAAUCCGAGACCCAAACAAAGCAGCAAGAGUGUGGCUUGGCACAUUUGACACGGCAGAGGAUGCAGCAGCUGCUUAUGACGCUGCAGCUUUGAAGUUCAAAGGCAAUAAAGCCAAACUCAACUUCCCUGAACGUGUGGCUAAUUUUCCGACUUAUCAUCACACCUCAACUGCUCCUCCUCGGCCACCGUCUGAAGUAGCGCCACCGCCAGUUUCUCAACCACCAUGGCCAGCACCGUCCGGCGAGGCUGGUUUCCCAAACCUAAUGCAGUAUGCUCAGGUGCUUUGUAGUAGGGACGAUGAUGAUCUACAACGAGCUGCUUCGGGUCUUUAUAGUUAUCAUCAGAGUGUUAAUGAGUCGUUUCUUUAUGAUUCUUCUCCAUUCUUCUCAUCGUCAUCUGCAGUGACUUCGUCUUCUUCCACGGGGGUCUGAUCAUCAAUUUCACGGUGAACAAAUGGGAGACCGUGGGUUUUUUCGGGCUCUAUUUUUUUGAUAAAGCGACUGAUGAUUUUGAUGGAAGCCACACGAGGCGAUAGUGAUUCAGUCAGCACUGUUACAUGUAAGUUUAUGCUGUUCAGUUUAUCAGCCUAAUUUUUAGCUGAAUAUUGCUUGUCCAAGCGUUACAUAUAUCAUAUCGUUUCACUUCAUCGUUCAAACAAUUAUUGCCUACUACAAACUCAUGUCAUGUGUUCAUGAUUUGAAUGAGGAUGGAAUAAUGGCAGUAAACGAAUCUCUCUUCCUAAUUCAUACUUUCUCUUUAUAUAUAAUCUCUUCUAUUU